AUGCCUCAAUCCAACCAGAACGUUGAACGCGAAUGCUCACUCUGUGGCAAGGUCCGCGGUCUCUACGAGUUCUCGGCCAGUCAGCGCCGUAAGGGCGACGAUGCUGCCUGCUUGAGAUGCAUUCCUGAAAUCCAGAGUGUCAAGCCUGGCCAGCAGAAGCAUGACAUGGACACCAGCGAUGCCAAGUACAUUGCCCACACUGGCACUACCGCCUCCAAAACCAGUGGCUCCCUAGUCAACAAGACCGGUGGUGUUCGUCUUCCUACCUCCGCCUUGUCUUCUGCUAUCACUGCUGGCUCUGGCAAUGCUUCUGUCAUCAGCACUGGCGCUUACACUCGCAACGGCGCUGCUUCAUUUGCUGCUCCCUCCACUCGCUACUCUUCGGCCACCAACGGCAACGAGCCCGCCCCCACCUACGAUGUCGGCGAGAACGGAUGGGUUCGCAUUCGCAAAGGACACCGUGAGGAGAAUGUUCCCGAGCUGGCUGACGACGAUGUCGAGACCUUCAAGGACGAUGACGAUGGCGAAGAUUACAACAUGUAA